AUGGCUGCAGGGGGAUUUAAGUUUAGGAAGUGUCUCAGUAAUGAUGAGAGUGUUCUUAAAGAAAUAGAAAGAAGAGAAGGAAGCAAUUUAGAAGGGAGAAAGGUAGAUGGAGUUGUGAAGAAUGUGGUUGAUGAUCAAACUUACGCAAAAGCAUCUGUUGAGAAAAAUAGUGGUAGUGGAAGUUUUGAGAAGGAUACUGGCAGUGCUAAUGGCACAGUGAAGUCAGCGUUGGGAGGAUACGUACAGUUUAUUGGAACAUACUAUUGGUUAGACAGCAUGACUGCAUUGUGCUGGAUCAGUAAUAAGGGAGAAUGGAAACAAUUUGUACGCCAUAGAGUUAACGAAAUUUUAAAAUUGAGCAGAAAGGAUGAUUGGAGACAUUGCCCAGGUGUAAAGAACCCAGCUGAUUUAGGCUCUAGGGGAGUUGCAGCAUCGCAUUUAAAGGGAAGUGAGCUUUGGUGGAAAGGACCAAGGUGGUUGUCAGGUCCACAGUGCAAAUGGCCAAGGGCAAAAGAGGUUAAUGAUACAGAGGAAAGUCUUGCUGAGGUAAAAGGGGCUGCAUUAGUUGCAACACAGGCAAAAGUUAAGCAUGAGGCAGGGAAUACGGGAGCAUUGAGAGUAUCAGAGCUGGUGAUAGCAAAGCAAGUGUUGAUAAAAUGGGCUCAGAAGGAAGUAAGGAAACGUAGUGAUUAUGAGCAAAUAGUCAGACAAUUGAACAUAGUGGAGCGUAAUGGAUUGAUUAAAUGUAAGGGUAGACUUGGCAAUUCAGAGUUAGAGUUAGAAGCGAGGGAACCAAUUUUAUUGCCUAAGGAUCACCACUUAACAGAAUUAAUCAUUAAAGAUUGCCAUAGGAAGGUGAGAGCGACCUUAGCUCAGCUACGCAGCAAAUUUUGGGUGCCUCGAGGUAGACAGAUUGUGGAAAGGGUGAUUGGUAAUUGUAUGAUUUGUAGAAGGCAUCAAGGCCAGGCUUACAAAACACCAGUGCAAGCAGAUCUUCCAGACUUUAGAGUACAAUAUUCCCCUCCCCUUUCUAAGGUAGGUGUGGAUUUUGCGGGACCAUUUUUUGCAAAAGAAGGUGGGCAGAGGGUUAAGGUGUACAUUGCAUUAUUUUCUUGCUGUGUGACAAGAGCAAUUCACGUUGACUUAGGAGAGAGUUUAAGUACACGUUGUUUUUUGAAUUGCAUGCGAAGGUUCACCACUAGAAGGGGAACACCUUCGCUAAUGGUUUCCGACAAUGCCAAGACGUUUAAGGCAACUGAGAAAGCAUUGAAGGGGAUCUAUGAUAGCAAGAAGGUGAAAUCAUUUUUGGAAGGUAAUAGGUUGGUGUGGAAAUUUAAUUUGGCCAAGACACCUUGGUGGAGUGGAUUUGUUGAAAGAAUGGUAGCGUUGGCGAAAGGUUGUCUGAGGAAGAUAUUGGAUAAUGCUAAAUUGAAUAGGGAAGAACUGUUGACGACAUUAGUUGAGGUAGAAGCUACGUUAAACUCCUGA